AUGACACGGGCGGGUACUUUUAGAGCUUACUGGCUCGGAUGCGUUGUAUGCAUGGGCGGCUUUUUGUUUGGCUAUGACUCUGGCAUCAUCGGUGGUGUCUUAACUCUUGCAUCUUUCGAAAACGACUUUGGAUAUACCAAAAAAGAAGCGACGCGAAACAGUUCUCUAGCUGUCGGUUUACAACAACUCGGAGCUUUCCUCGCGUGCUUUGCCAUCUGGCCUGUCACUCAUCGCUUCGGUCGCAAGUGGGCGUUGGUGCUGUGUUCGAGCAUCUUUGUUGUCGGUGCUAUUAUUCAGACGAUCAAUACGCAUUCUUUUGGCGCUUUUCUGGCUGCUCGGUUUAUUGCUGGUAUUGGAUUGGGUGGAAGUAGCGUUGUCGUGCCUAUGUUCUCUAGUGAGAUGGCUCCGAAAGAAUUGCGUGGUCAGAUUGGAAGUUUUUACCAGCUUUUCUACACUUUGGGUAUUUUCACCUCCUACUGGAUCGACUACGGCGUCGGCAAAAACAUCUCCACCUCUGAAGCAAAACAAUGGCAAAUCCCCAUUGGCAUCCAAAUCCUUCCCGCCGCUCUCUUGGGUCUCGGAAUGUUUACCUUGAAGGAAUCAGUUCGCUGGCUAACACUCAAGGGACGCCACCAGGAAGCUUGGGAAUCUCUGCAAUGGAUCCGCGCCGACAGCAGCCCUACCGCGCAACUAGAAAUGGACGAGAUCCGCCUUGGAGUCGAGACGGAACUGCGCGAAAAAGAAGGCUUCCAGCUCAAAGAAUUGUACACCAAGCCUGACAAUUUGAAAAGGACGGCAACGGCUGCUGUGGUGUUUAUUGCGCAACAAUCCACUGGAGCUACAGCUUUUGCGACAUACGGACCACAAUAUUUCAAGUUGUUGGUUGGGAGUAAAGGAAACAAUGAUCUCCUGCUCACCGCAAUCUUCGGCGCCAUAAAAGUAGCCGCAUGUCUGACCUUCGUCAUUUUCGUCGCCGAACGCGUGAAUCGCAAGUACAUUCUCACCUUCGGGGCCCUGGUCAUGGCCGCCUGUCAGAUCUCCACCGCCGCUAUUGUAAAGGCAAAACCACCACUCGGCGACGCCACGGUAACGAGUUCAGGAAUCGCCACCGUAGCACUAAUCUACCUCUUCGUCAUCGCCUACAAUUUCUCCUGGGGACCUUUGCCAUGGCCCUACGUUUCCGAAAUCUUCCCCACUAGAAUCAGAGAGCCUGGUAUAGGCAUCGCCGUAUCCUCGCAAUGGCUGUGGAAUUUCGUAUACUCGAUCAGUACACCAUAUAUGAUCAAAGAUUUGGGCUGGGGUACGUUCUUGUUCUGGGGGCUGGCGGAUUUGGUUAUCGCGGGAGGGGCUUGGUGGGGGUUGGAUGAGACUAGAGGAAGGAGUUUGGAGGAUAUCACGAGGACGACGGAGAGGGCUAAGAGUUUUGGUGAUGAGGACGGGGAUGAAGGGGAGAGAAGGAGGGGUGUUGGAAAGGGACCUGCUGUGGAUAUCCGCUAG